GAGUGCCUCCUCGAUGUAGACGUCGACGUGCUCGCCCCUGGCGCAUUUCUCCCUUUUCAGAUUCUUCUCCUGCGGGACAGGAAAAGACGGGGAUUAUUUUUGGUUGAAUGGAAUGAAAGUGAAGGCGCAAUGCUGAAGGUCCAGAUCACGGUCCAGGUCCAGAACACGUUUGAGAAGGUGGCUGGUUUUGUGUGCCUUCCACAUGGUUUUAGAAAGACACAUCGAGUAGCUGUCUUUGCGGAAGGAGUUGCUGCAGAUGAGGCUCGAGUAGAUGGAGCUGAUAUUGUUAGCGGCCAAGAGCUGGUGGGAUUUCAAAUGAGGAUUGCUCUUCCUCAAGAAUGUGCAAUGCUCAUUAACUAUCCACAAAACAGAGUAAUCAAAAUUUGGCCUCUCGCAGACUACAAUGAGAUUGUAAACCACUCUGCUGAGUGUAUUUACGUCCGCUACUACAAUACCAAAAUACGGAAGUUGCACGAUGCUUACCAAGUUCCAGUUCAUAUACCAAAUUCGGCAGUUGGCACCACUUCCAAAGGUUACCAACCUACCCCUUCUAAUCAUAUUCCUUCAUCCCUAGAAGUUAAAGAAGCACUCACCCAUCUGCAUAUAUGCCUUUGCAUACCG